UGGGCCUGGGUUGGCUGUAAGAACCCUAAUUAUUAGAGCAGGGUCACUUCCUCAAAUUCAAAACCCUCGAAUUGCAGACAGAACACCAGCAACAGCAGCAGCCGCCAAAGGCGAAGAGAGUGAGAAUGGUGUCAGGUUCAGGGAUCUGCGCGAAGAGGGUGGUGGUGGAUGCGCGCCACCACAUGUUGGGUCGGCUUGCUUCGAUCGUGGCGAAGGAGCUUCUCAACGGCCAGAAAGUGGUGGUGGUUCGGUGUGAGGAGAUUUGCAUGUCUGGUGGUCUCGUCAGGCAGAAGAUGAAGUACAUGAGGUUUCUCCGGAAGCGCAUGAACACCAAACCUUCUCAUGGUCCUAUCCAUUUCCGUGCUCCUUCCAAGAUUUUCUGGCGCACUCUUCGUGGGAUGAUACCACACAAGACUAAGCGUGGUGCAGCUGCUCUUGAACGUUUGAAGGUGUAUGAGGGUAUCCCUCCUCCAUAUGACAAGGUCAAGAGAAUGGUUGUCCCAGAUGCUCUCAAGGUGUUGAGGCUUCAGAAGGGACACAAAUACUGCUUGUUGGGUAAAUUGUCAUCUGAGGUCGGAUGGAACUACUAUGAUACCAUCAGGGAGUUGGAAAAGAAGAGAAAGGAUAAAGCACAGGUUGUUUACGAGAGAAAGAAGCAACUCAACAAAUUGAGGGUGAAAGCAGAAAAAGUUGCUGAUGAGAAGCUUGGUUCCCAACUUGAUAUCCUUGCUCCUGUUAAGUAUUGAGAGCCUCUGUUACUGCUUUAAAUGGUACUUAUACCAAAUUGAUUUUCCUUUGAAAUUUGUUGGCGGUUGUAUUUGUCAAUGAAUCCUAGAUUUGAUAGUUCUGGAAGCUAUUUAGUGUUGAUUUUGGCGAGUAACUAUUUAUUAUCUAUUACAUGUUUUGUAGACUUUUUAUCCAUUGGCUUCAAAACACUCUUUACAGUUCCAAUGCUUAUCCAACCUUCUCUGUAGGUUAACUUUUGCCAAAUUUGUUUCUGGUAAUAGCAAGCAUUUUUGUUUUUGUUU